GAGCUUUGGCCGGAGCCUCCCACGCCGCCGCCGCCGCCGCCAUCCUCACCGCCGCAUCGCCGCAGGAGGAGGAGGAGGGACGCGGCCAUGGGGCACGGGGUGAGCUGCGCGCGCACCGGCGACGAGCACGACUUCUUCCGCGCGGCGCAGCUCGGGGACCUCGACGCCCUGGGCGCGCUCCUCGCCGCCGACGCCUCUCUCGCCCGCCGCGCCACGCUCUACGACCGCCUCUCCCCGCUCCACAUCGCCGCCGCCAAUGGCCGCCUCGAGGCGCUCUCCAUGUUCUUGGAUCGCGGGGCGCAGCUGGACGCCGUGGAUCGGCACAAGCAGACUCCCCUGAUGCUCGCCGCGAUGCACGGCAAGAUCGGCUGCGUGGUGAAGCUCCUCCAGGCCGGCGCAAACAUCUUGAUGUUCGACUCGGUGCACGCGCGGACCUGCCUCCACCACGCGGCCUACUACGGCCACGUCGACUGCCUGGACGCCAUCCUCUCCACGGCGCGGACCACGCCGGUGGCCGGCUCAUGGGGGUUCGCCCGGUUCGUCAACGUCCGGGACGACCACGGCGCGACGCCGCUGCACCUCGCGGCCAGGCAGGGCCGGCCGGGCUGCGUGCAGGUGCUGCUGGAGAACGGCGCCAUCGUGUCGGCAUUGACCGGAUCAUAUGGCUUCCCUGGUAGCACGUCGUUGCAUCUGGCCGCUCGCAGCGGGGACUUGGAUUGCAUCCGGAAGCUGCUCGCGUGGGGAGCUGAUCGGCUCCAAAGGGACUCUGCUGGGAGAAUUCCCUAUGUGGUGGCGCAGAAGCGCAACCAUGGAGCAUGCGCAGCACUGCUGAACCCUUCUUCGGCGGAGCCCAUGGUCUGGCCGUCCCCGCUGAAGUUCAUCAGCGAGCUCGACCCGGAAGCCAAGGCUCUGCUGGAAGCGGCCCUGACGGAAGCCAACAGGGAGAGGGAGAAGAAGAUCUUGAAGGACGCAAAGUGCUCGCCGCAGUCCCCUUUGCAAUACGACGAUGAUCACAUCGACGACGACAUGUUCUCGGAGGUGAGCGACACGGAGCUGUGCUGCAUCUGCUUCGACCAGGCGUGCACCAUCGAGGUGCAGGACUGCGGGCACCAGAUGUGCGCGCCGUGCACGCUGGCGCUGUGCUGCCACAACAAGCCCAACCCGGCGACCCUCACCCUGCCCUCGCCGGCCUGCCCGUUCUGCCGCGGCAGCAUCUCGCGGCUGGUGGUGGCGCAGACCCGGACAGCAGACGGCGGCGACCCCGACAGGCCAGCCUCCCCGCAGCUCGCGCACCGGCGGUCCCGGCGCUCUCACAACCUCAGUGAGGGCAGCAGCAGCUUCAAGGGGCUGUCCUCGGCCAUCUCCAAGAUCGCCCGCGGCUCGAGCCGGAUGGCCGAGAGCGGCGACAGCGCUGCGGUGGACAAGCCCGAGCACGAUCCAUGACCGAGGCAGAACACACACACAAGACGGACAUUAUUGCCAGUGAGCUCACAUUUUGGACCUCCACAGCCUCCCCAGAUGAUGAGAAGAGAAGAGGAAAAAUUCCAUGGAAGUUCUAGGUAGGAACCAAAUAAGCGUCCUCCAUUUCCACCCAUCCUUUUGUUUGUCUGCCCUGUAUUUUUGGAGUCGCCGGCCAAUCUCGGAAAUGCAUAUAGUCCAGUGGAGCUGUUCAUCA